UCGGUCAACUUGGACUUGGUUUUGACAAAAUCAGUUCGAUGUAUAGCGGGACUGCGGGACCAUAAUUGUUUCUUCCAAAUGGAAGUAAAGUAAUCUCCCAACUCAGAUUAAAAUAUAAACAAAACAGAUCAAUCAUUCAUUAAACCAUCUUUGAACCAAACUAUGCUGCACUCUUCACUGGCUACACAACUAACACGCUCACUUACCUACUUCUCCGGUUAACCGGCGAUGCACAACUCCGGAGCCGGUGGUGAUGACCGAACGAACACGUGCCACGUGGUGGCGAUGCCGUUUCCGGGAAGGGGCCACAUCAAUCCCAUGAUGAACCUCUGCAAAACCCUAGCAUCACGAAAACCGAAAAACAUCCUCAUCACCUUCGUCGUCACUGAAGAGUGGCUCGGAUACAUCGCCAGCGAGCCCAAGCCCGACUCGGUUCGCUUCGCCACCAUACCCAACGUGGUGCCGCCAGAGCGCCUGAAAGCCGUUGAUUUUCCGGCGUUCUAUGAAGCCACGAUGACCAAGAUGGAAGCGCCAUUUGAGGAGCUUCUGGACCGGCUUGAGCCGCCGGUGAGCGCAAUCAUCGGGUGUGUGGAGCUGCGGUGGCCCGUAGCAGUUGCGAAGCGAAGGAAUAUUCCGGUGGCUGCGUUUUGGACUAUGUCAGCGUCGUUUUACUCGAUGCUGCACCACCUUGAUGUGUUUGCACGACAGCAGAAUUUGGUGGCUACUUCUCUUGAUGCAGAAGCUGAGAACAUCCCAGGAAUUUCUUCAGCUCAUUUGGCAGACAUUGAAACGGUGUUACAUCAGAAUGAUGACCAAGUCAUGCAGCUUGCAAUGGAGUGUAUCUCAAAGGUUCCAAUAGCAAAUUACCUUCUACUCACCACAGUCCAAGAGUUAGAACCAGAAAUAAUUGAUUCUCUGAAAGCUAUAUACUCUUUUCCAGUCUAUCCUAUUGGCCCUGCCAUACCUUAUUUGGAGCUAAGAGAAGAUUAUAACAUUGGUGAUCAUAGCCCUGACUAUGCAAAUUGGCUAGAUUCUCAACCACCUCAAUCAGUGUUAUACAUUUCUCUGGGCAGUUUCCUCUUAUUGUCUAGUACCCAAAUGGAUGAAAUCGCCGAAGCGCUAAACAGUAGUGGAGUUCGUUACCUGUGGGUGGCUCGGGCAGAAGCUUCUCGGCUGAAAGACAAGUGUGGAGAAAAGGGUAUGGUGGUGCCAUGGUGUGACCAAUUGAAGGUGUUGACUCAUCCUUCCAUAGGUGGAUUCUGGAGCCAUUGUGGAUGGAAUUCCACACUAGAAGCCCUGUAUGCCGGCGUGCCGAUGCUUACAUUCCCUCUUUUCUUGGAUCAAGUUCCCAACAGCAGCCAAAUUGUAGAUGAGUGGAAGAAUGGGUGGAAGGUAGAGACAUCAAAUUCGGGGAGUGAUAAGCUGUUGGCAAAGGAAAAGAUAGAGGAACUGGUUAAGAGGUUUAUGGAUCUUGAGAGCAGAGAGGGAAUUAAAAUCAGAGGGAGGGCAAGAGAACUUAAGGUUAUGUGUCACAGAGCAGUUGCAAAUGGUGGAUCAUCUGAUGGGAACCUAGAUGCAUUUCUAAGAGACAUUUCAAGGCCAUUAGUGGAUUGAAAAAUGAAAAUGCAUCUCUGCCUCCUUAGUCACAUAAAGCAAUGGUGUUAAACUAAGGUCUGAAUUGGAGACUCUAUUCUUAUACCAUUUGCAAAUUUGGAUGUAUUUGACAUUGUAAAAUGCCACACAAAUGAACUUGGAUAUUCUGUUAGCUGUAUUUGUCAUUGUGCAUUAGCAGUUUGAAGUUUGCAGAUAUAGCACAGCAUUAUGAUUUGUGUGUGUCAAUGAGGCUAAUAUCUAGACUUUAAUGCAUAUACUGAUGUGAAGUAGCAAUUGUACCUACA